ACAACAGGCUAGGUAUUGGAGUCUGCAUGCAGGCCUUAGCAACUCAUAGUUUAUUUUAUUAUAGCAGGACAAAAUUUUAGGAUAGUAGGAAAUGUAUUGACUACAUUUUUAAUGUAAAUGUGCUCGGUUCUUUACUUUAUAAUUGACUCUCUUCGUAAUCUUUAGAAUCACAUUAUUCCCUGUAAGUUUAAUAUAGAUAAUCAAUUCAUUUUUACUCAUUUUGCACAAACUUGAGCGUUAAUUUGUUUAUUUGUGAAGGUUAAAUUUGUAAUCGUAAUUUGUCCGAGGACACUGUAACUAGGCAGCGUUUGACAGGCUGCCCUUUGCUAGCUAGUCAGAACAAGCUAAACUACGGACACACGGACUCGGUGUUAUUUGUUAUGUAAAAUUAGAGGUCAGAGCUGAAGGUUGGGACUAGGUCCUGGACAAAUGUCAUGCAGUCCUGGUGAAGAGGGGGGUCUAUCUGAGGCUGCCCCAAACGUCAACAACCAAGACCUGUUUGACAACUCCACUCAAACCUCGGCCACAGGGAAGACCACUGUGGAACCGGUGUCACCCGUCGUGGAUGAGGCCUCUCCUUGUUCCACUUCCUCCUUCGAGAUGCUUGACAUGGAGUCGGCCCCCGCUCCUUAUAAAGAAGUGCAGCCUCACUGGUUCUUCUGUCGACGAGCCGAGGACAGCACCUCCUGGCUCCCUUUCAGUACAGAAGACUCUGACAAAUUAGAGAAUGCCUUGAACAAAGUGGGUAAAAAGGAAGAGGAGGUGGUGAUAGCUGUGGAAGGAGAGCGGUAUGAUGUCCAUGUCAAGGAGAGGAAGCGGCAUGCUGUGUAUUGGGAGCAGGCUCCCACUGAAGUGCGGCGCUGCACCUGGUUCUAUAAAGGAGACAAAGACACCAGGUUCUUACCGUAUCCUGAAGACUUCAGCCAAAGCUUGGAGGAGGCCUAUAUGAUCGCAGUGACCUUAGACGAAUGGAAAACUAAACUGGAAUUUCCGUCUGGAGAGACUGUUAUCCUUCACAAUCCCAAACUGAUAAUGCAAUACCAGCCAAUAGGAUUGCAGGACGAGUGGGUGUCUUCCCCCUCGGAGCAGACUCGGCCACGAACACUGAAGAGGGGGGUGGAAAAUAUACCUGUAAGAUACCCCCUCAGUGAACCAGAUCAUGUGGACCACCUUGUCUUUAUGGUCCAUGGCAUCGGCCCUGUGGACUUGCGCUUCAGAUCCAUCAUACAGUGUGGUUAUAAUGACUUCAGGAGUGCUUCCCUGUCCCUCCUCGCCUCUCAUUACAAGCGGGCUCAGCAGGAUGGUGGUAUAGUGAGAGUGGAGUUCUUGCCAGUCAAUUGGCACAGUGCUCUACACGUGGAUGCCACUGGUGUGGACGAGGACAUCCAGAGGAUCACUCUACCCAGUAUUAGCAGGCUGAGACAUUUUACCAACGACACUCUACUGGACCUGUUUUUCUAUACAGCCCCACUACUCUGCCAGACCAUAGUGGACACAGUGGCCUCAGAGAUCAACAAGCUUCACACCCUCUUUAAACAGAGACACCCAGAGUUCAGUGAAGUUUCAGUUGUAGGCCAUAGCCUGGGUUCCUUAAUCCUGUUUGACCUGCUAACCAAUCAGAAGACUGGAUCGGAAACCAGCAAAGGGGUGUCCUCUGAUGAGCCUUUUCAUCCAAACUGUGCAACACUGGAACAGAUUCUCACCAGACUGGGCCUUCAGCAGUACCUGGAAACAUUACAGGCAGAAAACCUAGACCUGGAGUCACUGGCUCUUUGCCAGGACGGUGAUUUGAAAGAUUUAGGGAUUCCUCUUGGACCUCGGAAGAAGAUCCUGAACUACAUCAAGAGGAAAUGGCUUCCAGAGGAUUGUAGGAUUGGAGCAGUUCUGGCACCAGGGUUGCAAAAUCCACCUCUGAUGGACAGUGAUCUUGAUGGUAGCCAAGCUUCGGGAAUGACAGCGCAGCAGUCCCAGUUCCACAGGGCACAGUCCAUCACCAGCGCUGUAGACUAUGAAUACUUUGACAUGGGCAUCGGACAGGUCUCCAUAGAAUACCCACAGCUGGCGUUCCCCCCUCAAACGUUUUUUGCUUUUGGCUCUCCUAUUGGAAUGUUCCUGACUGUGCGUGGAUUAAAACACAUCGAUCCUAACUACACCUUCCCCACCUGCAAGAGCUUCUACAACAUCUACCACCCAUAUGACCCUGUGGCCUAUCGGAUAGAGCCCAUGAUUGUGAGAGAGGUGGACCUGGAGCCUAUGCUGAUCCCUCACCAUAAGGCCGCAAGGAUGCACCUGGAGCUAAAGGACAGCUUGACCCGUAUGAGCAUGGAUUUGAAAAACAAUGUUUUGGGAUCGCUGCGGACGGCAUGGCAGUCCUUUGCAAGGUUACCAGUUGCUGCACUGCCCCCAGUAGAGGAAGGAGAAACUACAAUAGAGAGGGACCUUCAAGAGACACACGCCUCUGCAGCAAUCACUGCUUCUGCUAAGACGGAAGAGAAAAGUGCUGAUUUUUGGACUAAAGUACUGGAGUGGCCCAGGGCCCUUCAUAAGCAUUACUUCAAAGCCGCAGUGUGUGAGGAGGCAGAGUCCUCUGUGUCAGCAGAUCAGCCUGAACAGCCUGAGCAGCCUGAGAUAAAAGUGGGGAUGUUGAAUGGAGGACGGAGAAUCGACUUUGUACUUCAGGAAAAACCCAUCGAGAGUUUCAAUGAAUACCUGUUUGCCAUCCAGUCCCAUCUGUGUUACUGGGAAUCUGAGGAUACAGCUCUUCUGCUGCUGAAGGAGAUUUAUGACAAGCAUGGUGUAGCCUUUGAACAACCACAACAGUAAUGAAGUUUUAUGACUGUUGACUGCGUUUUUUUAACGUGACAGUGACGUGAAAGUUGUAAAAUAAAAAGAACUGACAAAGCCAGAGGCUGCACAACCCUCUUCCAGAAUGCCUUACAGUCUGGGUGUUACUACAACUGACUCCCCCACCCUCUCCUCGCCUCUCAAUGGAGACUGUUUUGCUGCAAUCAGGUGAUCUUGGUUCAGAUGUGUCAGUCAACCAGAAUUUUUCUGGUAAAAGUGGCUUGAUGGUGCCACCUGAACUACCACAACAAGACUGGGGCUGGAUUUCAAAAGUCGCUUCAAGUCCCCCCCUCAUGUCACUGUUGUGCUUCUGGUCGCACUUUAAUUUUUUUUUUCUCAGUCAUGUUUAUUUUACUUUGCACUUUUUGUAAUUACAGUUCUUGACAUAUUAUGCAUAUAGCUGCAGCUCAUUUAUGUUGAUAUAUCACAAUCAGAAUGUAUUGAUUAAGUUAUUUUUUAAUUAGGAAUAACAGAUAAAGUUGUAAAAAGUAUAAAAUCAAACACAUCAGGUUACAUCGUGUUAAUGGAAGUAAUUCUCAGCCAUCAUUUGGCAUAAAUAGAAUAUAAUUGAAAUAGUGUUUUACAAUGCAUUACAUUUUUAUAUAUUCCUACUACAUGUGUUCAACAGGACACCAGUAAAUUUAACCCAGUAAAUUUGAACCAAGUAAGCUCUUCUGUAACAAAAGAUCUAACCUUUAUGAAUAACCAGGUCAGGAGACUUUGUUUGGUUUCAAAUGUUUGCUUUCUCAUCAGGGAAAUUAAGGAUCAUGUUUUGUGUUACGAGUCCUCCUGGCAGCUACGUUAUGUCUCUGUCAACAGUGAGGCCACUUGAAAGCCAAAGCUGCUACUCAUACGUUUCUGCAAUACACCUAUAAUGUUCAUGUCACUCCAUUUUUCAUUCCACAGGUGUUUAGAAGAACUGUCAUGUACUGACAUAAUCAUUUGAAGCCAAGUUCAUCUUGCUUUCUAUUUAUAGUGCAAUAUGUUUUUUUCAGUUUAAUCAUAUCUUCACAUGCAUUUUGAAAGAAGUAAUCCACAUGACAGUUUGUUUCACAGGGGAAGCAUUAAAAUUAGAGUGCUUGAAAUGUUGAGCUGGUUGUGUGCAUGUACUGUAUGUAUGCCAGUACAGUAUGUACUCAAUGUUAAAGCAGUGUACUGUACAGAAUGACAAGUUCAACUCCUCUCCCUUAGGUCCAUGCCACUCCCCUGUUCUAUGUUGAGCCAAAAUUAUUACAAACAGCAUUUUGUUUUUUUAUCCUCAAAGAUGGUUUAUCCCAUCGAAGAUAGACAUAAGAUAGCUCUGACUUUUCCACAAUGAAAGGGCCAAAUAAUUCAUGUUUUCCUCUGUCCUUUUUCAGGAAAGGUAACCUUACGUUUACUAUCUGUACUGUAUGCCAUUCUUUUUAAUGUAAGAGCAAAGUUUCUCAACUGUUUGUGCCUCUGACACAAUGUUUAUGGUCCAAAGUGUUCAUAUUUUUAUUUAAACCAGCAUUAGGAGAGUUGACACAUUGAAAUCAAAUGAAUUUGGCAUAAAGAACAUGACAGAUUUAUUAACUUCUGUUUCAAAGCAAAUUAAGUAUUUGUAUUAUGAAUGAAGUGUCACUUAGUUUGUGUCCAGGCUACAAAGUUGAGAAACUCUCUGUUGGUGUGAUUUGACUUUAAAUAUGACUCAUAUCUGACCCACUUAUCAGGGCACCACAAUCCCCCACCACUAAAGCCCUGAAUUACCUGUUUCUCAGCCUUCUGGGUAUAACAUCUACACAAGAGAUGUUUUGAUCUUAUGAGAUCGAUCCUUUUUCUUCAUUAAGAAAUGCACUGAAUACUUAAUUAUCAUUAUGGUGUUUCCUUCAACCUCACUACUGUCACGAUAAUGUCAUUUUGUGUCCAAACAUUAAUAACGUGACUUUGUGAUCCCUGACUCCCCUUCCUCAGCAUAACUUCAACUUUUGCACACUAAAGUUAUAUACUGAAACGUACCAAAUACACGAUUGUUCUCCUUUAUAAUUAAAUAACCCAUGAGUAUGGUUACAUGUUGUGUGUGCCAUAAUAAAACAUUUUAAAAAGUG